UAUAACUCCCCAAAAUCAUCCAAUUAUCCAUUUCCCUUUCAAUGGGAGGUUCGAUAUCUAGAACAAUCUCCAUUCUUCUCUGAUAAUGUAUUCUUGAUUCCGUAAGGAAGCUGUAAAUUUCAUCAGCGAAUUGCAACGCCUAUCCAUUCUUUCGUGAGGGAACUGUAAAUUCCACCACCGAUUCGCAAGGAAAUGACCGCCGGACCUUCGAAGAAGAGGCAGCGGGUUCAACACUCUGCCUCCACCAGCCGCCACUCCUCCGUCAUCCCUACCAUCGACUGCUCCUCCUUACCAGAUAAAUCCUCCACAGAAGUUUCUAAAAAGCCCCUUAAUCUCCGCCGUAAUACAUCGUUUUCCUCCAUCGCCGCCUUCAACGACGCCUCCACUGCCGAUAUUCUCCUCCGUCUGUAUUUAGAGGUUACUCCUUUCGAUUCGUCUGAUUCCGAGUUUCUUACGUCUUCCGACGUCCAGAUUUAUCUCCAUUCGCAUGUUCUUCGCCGAUCGAAGUACUUUUCUGCUCUGUUAUCCGAUCGAUGGCAGCCUCAGAAGGAUGAUGAUUCCAGUCCUUUGAGAUUAGGUUUUGGUGUCCCGGCGGCGCAUGGCUCCAUGGAUAACCAUUUGGCUGUUCUUGAGCUUCUUUAUGUCGAUGAUAUGACGGAGGCUAUAGAUAGCGCGAAGACGGCGUUGGAUCUCCUCCCCGUCGCGCUUAAAUUUCUUUUCGAGGAUUGCGUGAAGUCCUGCGUUCGAUUCCUCGAGGCGGUGCCGUGGACGGACGAGGAGGAGAAGAGAGUGAUGAAUUUGAUACCAUUUCUGCAGGAGGAGGAAUCCAGAGAGCUUCUUUCUAGGGUUUCGCCUGGCCGGAAUGAUUCCUGCGAGGAAAUGUUGCAGGGACUGAUCUUAGCAGCCAUUCAUAAUUAUCCCAACAUGGCUUUCGUGAAGGCAUUUGUGGCGAAGCUUUUGAAGGAUUUUUCAUCGAAGGAGUCGGCGAAGAGAGUGCUGAAGCGGGCAUUCGAGACGAGCUUGAAGGUCGUGAAGGAGUCAUUGGAGGAAUAUUCGAGCCCGAAUUUUAGAGGAGAUCAUAACGAGACGGAGGCCAUUCAGAGGCUGAAUUUGCAUACUGCAAUGACGAAUGCUAAGCAUUUGUCGUGGCUGGUUGAGAGGAUGAUUGAAUUGAGGGUGGCUGAUGUUGCUGUGGUUGAAUGGAGUGAACAGGCUUCUUUUACUGCAGAUUUACAGAGAGCGUUUCGGGACGAUGCGUGGCGGGGCAUUGUCCCGGGGUUUCCUUCGGUUCUUCUGCGAUGUACCUCGAAGCUUGCCAAUGCUGUUGCUGCUGGUACCAUUUUGGCCACUAAACAGGUUAGAAAGAAGCUGGUCAAGCAUUGGCUUCCGGUUCUGCUUGUCAGCAAAGACCAUUCCCCCUUGCUUUCCAGCAACAAGAAUCUGUGUAUGGAGCUGGAGGAAACAUUCCUAAGAAUCAUUUCUACCCUUCCUUUGUCUGAUGCACAGGAGUUGUUGCAGCAGUGUCUUAGCUUCACUAGAAAUGUUGAUGAUUGCCCUCACCUAUUCAAAGCAUUUAACACCUGGUUUCGACGCGCAAUGCACCCACCACAGCCAGAGAAACUUUGAUAAAAAAGGAAACUGUGAGUUGUGAUUUCCCAUCUCUUUAGUAUUGUGCAUAUAGGAAGUGGAAACUUAAACUUUGUAUAUAAACCCAGAAAGGUUUUCCUUCUGCAACUAAAAUGGUCUCCUUGGAUGCUCUUGGUGUACUUUUUCUCACAAGCACGAUGUUACUUUUGUUUUUUUGGCUGCAGUUGUGAUGUAAAUUAGAUGAGAAGCUUUAUAGUUAUCCAAAUCUAUUGGCAACUGAUAUUUUUCCCUU